AGCGCGGAUCCACAGGAACCAAGCCCCAACAGGGACCUAAGACACCUCGGAUCCCGUGCAGGCGACGCACGACCAUGGCUGCUACCGCUGACGACAAUGCACAAGCCAGGCCCAAGAGGCCGGUUACCCCUCCUAUACUAGUUCAACAGGCAGGUGAAGCACUACUAGCUUUUCUCAAACGCCUCCAGUUUUACUUGGAGACCACUGCAGCUGAACUAAGCAAGUGGGAGGAGGAGGAAGCUGCCCGCCAGCAGGAAAUCCAACGCCAGCUGGCAGAGGCAGAGGCAGCACGUCAGCAGGCCGCAGCAGAAGCUGCAGCAGCCGCACGGUUGCAACAGCAGCAGGUCGAGGCAAGUCAGAACCAAGUUCGUUACCAAGCUACAAUGGAGCUCGCCAACGAAGAAACCACGUACCGGAGGAUACUUCGACAACAGCACUUGCGAGCAAACGAAGAACAAGAGGAGCCGACCGAGGAAGAGAGAAACAAGGACGCUGCAACAUUUUUGAUGGAGAAUCUGCUGUACACGUGCAAUUGGCAGCAACGUGAAGUGCUGGCCAUGCGAUGCUCAGCGACCGCGUUCAGCAACGACCGGCCGUUGUUGCCAAGGAAUGGAAGAUGCCAAACUUCAAGACCGAUCCGUUGCAAUGGUGGAUGGCUUUCAACGCGGAGGCUUGACGCACUUUACCUCCAACUCAUUGGAGCGGCGCAGGCUUUCAUGACACACAUGGCCGUCACGUUGGAAUGCACCAUCGCCACCCUCCACACCAAGAUUACGUGGGAGGAAUUCAAGAAGAAGUGGAAGACCCAGUUCAUGGUCAACAACGACAAGCGUCACGUCUUGAACAAGAUCUUCCGCAUGUUUCAAGGCCAGCAACCUUCACGGGAGUGGCUGACGGAGUGGCAAAGACUCAUUGCCACCUCGGAGUUGAACUUACCGUUCGACGCAAUCGGGGCCGAAUUUGUCGCUCGGUCUUGCGACGCCUUGACAACUUUUCUGGGCAGCGGAUGCCAGUAUAAGACCUUUGAUGACAUGAUCUCAAAGGCAAGAGAACUAAUCCAAGGUAACUGGCGCGCGGCCAACGAGGCCCGCCAACAGCCCGGUUACGUGGAGAAAGGCAAAGGUCAGACGCCGCAAGUAGCGGCAAUCCAGCAAGGAUCAAGUGAGGACCUCGCAGCCGUUUCAACAUCAAGUGACGGAGAUGUGGCGGCAAUGAUACCACCGCAACGCUCAAGACCCCGAGGGGGAAAACAUAAGCGCAUGCCUCGACAAGGACAAGGAAAAUGUCAAGCGUCCGGGCUCGGGAAACUGAGCACUGGGGGAAGUGCAGCGACAUCACUUCCCAGUCCGUCGGACUCGGCUGCCUUGCUAGCAGUCUCUCUCACGUCCGGGGACACCGCGGCAGUCGCAAGUUCUCGUAUUGAGUUUGAGAACUAUGCUGUCGAGCUGGUCCCACCGUUGAACCAGCCUCUCCACAUGCAAGAUUCAAGCGCAUGCGUGGUAGUUCCGCCGUCGUCCAACGAACCGGUUGCUUCGCCAGCCCUUCUGUGGGAGGAUCCGUCAACUUGGGCGAGUCUUGAGGAACUCGACCCGUUGAUGGUUGAGGACUUCCAAUGGUUGCCUCUUCCCUCCACCGGUUUUUUGCCAACACCGCAUUGCAACGCCUUGAUGGCACAUUUGCGCGAAUACUUGCACGCUGCAGUACCACCUCUGUCGACGGACGGCGGAGUAGCGGUUGUUGACCUUCGUAACUAUCUUGCGAAGUUCGACCGCGAGCACGCAACGCAACGGACAGAAGGCAACUGUCUUCAGCAAACAGAUGCUGGAGGGCCGGGUCAAAGGAAUCCGGCAAUUUGCAAUACUUUUUAUCAAAGUCUUGUUGAUGGCUGUGGACCCUGUCCAGCACCUGGCACGUUUUGGCUGACCUCAAGACCGUGCAGAUGCCGCAUUCCUUUGGAGAUUUAUAUCCAAUAUUUGACACAUUUGACUGCUUUCAAUGUCAUCAACUUUUCAGAUUCAGUGGCCACCAGUCUGAGUAUUAAUGUCAGUCAAAUUGUGAAUGUAAAUCGGACGGACGAGGGUUCCCAACCGAUGGUCAGAUUGUGGAUUGUGCCAAUUAAAGGUGAUGCUCUGAAGGAUGCUGAAGUUGUGAAAUACAUUGACCAAUUUAAUAAAAGCAUGGUGAAAACGGAUCCUCCUGCCUACAGGCUGCUGAAUUCCACACGACCAAAAGACUGGGAGAUGUUUCCAUCGACAGGGAGGACGAAUGUAGUGCUCGAUUGGCGCAAGCGUCUCGACAUCGCAAUCGGAACAGCUGAUGGACUCACCUAUCUUCACAACCAUGCGGACCCUCCGAUUAUUCACAGGGAUAUUAAACCUAGCAACAUUCUCCUGGAUGACAACAUGAUUGCAAAGCUUGGUGAUUUUGGCAUAUCGAGAAUGYUAGACGACCCUGCCGAGUCAGCGGUCUUCACAAGGGUUGCAGGGACACUGGGCUAUUURGAUCCUAUGUAUCAUGAGACCAGGAGCCUUACGGAUAAGAGUGAUGUCUUCAGCUUUGGUGUUGUUCUGCUCGAGUUGGUCAGUGGGAAAGACCCCUCAGGAAGGCGGGGCCCUCUUCCAGGAACGACCAUGGUUGAAUGGGCCGAGAACGAAUACACAAAGGGAGGACUGGAGGCUGUCAUCGAUCCGGCACUCAAAGGUCAGUACCCUUACGACACCAUGUGCCGGAUUGUGGAACUUGGGCUAUGGUGCACACGUCCCACUUGGGAUCAACGUCCUACAAUGAAGGACGUGCUGAAUGCGUUGGAAGUGGCRAAGAAGGUAGCGAACAAGGAGGCSGUUGCRGAGGACGGCCCGACGACUGUGGACGUAUUUGGACGACAUCUCUUCCAGGCAUCUGGCGGAAAGAAGCCUGAGGCAAAGGGCCCUGGAAAUGGUGCACGGCUCUACUCGGAGAACCAGCUCUUAGAGGAUCCAAAUGGAGAGGUCCCAAGUUUCACCAUUGAUAGUAUGCCUCAGAUGACCGCUAACUUAAGAGGGAGGUGAUCAGAACUGCGCUGCAGUUAGACAUCUGGAAUUUUUGGAAUUGUGUACCCUCAGAGAGGAGGCAGAGCAGAGCUCCUGCGCCAGCUGAAAGAAGGGGUCGAGUGUGCUGGCGUGUGCCCUGGAGUGAGCAGAAUUGAACUCAAACGAAAGCGGCAGACAAUAAUCGCCAGCACCUAUGGACUGUGGAAGUGGUAGCUUCACCGCUUGGUGGUAAACCCAGCGCUGCUCAGAGCGCUUGGUGAUGGUAGGGGACCACUAGGGKUACAUAGCAUGCUCAUUGCAUAUGCAUGGUGCCCUGGUGGAGGGAUGGUCUAAUGUGUACCUUGCCGCAAUGGCAGGUGUGUUCAGUAUAUGCAACCCAAGGGACCCUGCACCACAUAUCUUGAACUCAAAACAUCAAGUGGCAUCCUAUUUGUUGUGGUUGGCGGCAUGGCAAUUGAAUUGGARGGGAGAUCAGCGUUCCUGUUCUGUAAUGGAAGCUGAGGACUCCUGGAAUUCUUACGGACAUGAAGAUGGAGUGGGCUGGUGGAUGUCCCCCUUGGGAACAGAGAYGUAACGCACMGGAAAAUUAGAGAGAAUGUUUCAGAAAUUCAGAGAGUUAUUGGGUGUUGCCAUCGUGUGCAUCUUAGCAAGACAGCGAGGACAGGGAAACUGAGAGGGCGGAAAGGAGAGGGGGUGGGAUGAAGGGUGGAUGCAUGUGUGUGUGUGUGUGUGUGUGUGUGUGUGUGUGUGUGUGUGUGUGUGUGUGUGUGUGAGAGAGAGAGAGAGAGGGGGGGAGAGAGAGAGAGAGUAGAUGCCGACUGAAGUGAAUGAGGCUGUCUCUCGGAAUUUUUUUCUUCUUUCCAAGCAACUAAACUUAACAUAAAUGUAAUGACUGGAGCCAUUAUAAAGAUGAAUAAAUUAGCGCUACUUGGUAGAAUACGCUCUUUUAUCAUUAAUUUCAAACCAUCUGCUGAAGGUUGUAAUAACCCAAACAAUCCUACCACAUUCGGACCUUUUCUACGCUGCAUAGAAGCGAAGUCUGUGGGGUAAAUUGGCAUACAUUGCCAUUAAAUUCUUUGCUUCUGAUUUCAUAAACCACCAGUACACCCGGUUCCGGGGGGCCCAGGGGCGCUUCUCUGCGUGCCAAGCUUUGCCGAACUGCGCACUUCUUUUCUUUGUUGGUUGACAUCAGCAGUCAUUGUGGUCUGGUAGGUCCGCAGCGCAAAAUUUUUGGAGUCGGCGACGGAACGUUUUCUGCAAGGCUGGGGCCGUGUUGACGGGCUCAAGUUGUGGUAAGUUGGUGGCUGAUGUUUGUGGAAGCACUGAUCAGGCUAGGCCAGUCGAUAAACAUUUUUAGUAGCUCUUUACUAUUUAUUUCUUGGCCUUAAAAUAUCGAUAAGAUGCGAACUCCUUUUCACCUCACCUUUCACGAGAGGUCGGUGAGAAGCUGUGGGACUGCAGGCMAGACGUUUGGGCGGACGGCAGGCGAGGCAAGGAGUUCAGAGGGCAGGCAAGGAGCUUGGACGGCAGGCAAGUAACCACAAAAUUGCAUGCAGAAGGCGGGUAAACUGAGCCCGGUUCUCAGCAUGUUCUGUUCGGUCACUCCGGGUAGACUGUGAGGACCCGGGCCUCAAUCUUUGUAUUGGUAAUAUCAGCCUUGGGCACUGGGCCCGUUUAAUAUAUAUAAAAAAAAAAAAAAAAAAAAAAAAGGAAGGUCAAGCCAAGUCGGUGGGGACUGCAGGCAAGACGUUCGGGCGGACGGCAGGCGAGGAGUUCGGAUGGCAGGCAAGGAGUUCAGAGGGCAGGCAAGGAGCUUGGACGGCAGGCAAGUAACCACAGAAUUGCAUGCAGAAGGGGGGUAGGAGGGUCAAGCCAAGUCAACAACUGAAGAAAAGGGAAAACUCAAAAACAUUCAUGGACCACUACUCUCUACCAAGUCACUAAAAUAUAUGUGUCAAAAAGCCAAUCAGAUAGGUGGAACUUAUUCAAUCCACCUACGACCACAACCAGCAUGGUUGUUUUCAGCACGAACCGAAGCUUUUCCAGGCCUCAUGCUCCCAUCAGGUUAGGUUAUAGAGUUGCACCACCGUGCUCCAACACCGGCCAGCAUUGCUCCAGUUACGACCCCCAAUGACCAUUGAGACUGUCCCCGCAAACAGCCUCCCAAAUCUCUCUACCAGGCCUCACGCCCCCACUAAGCUAGGUCACAGAGUUGUGCCACCUGGCUCCGGCUCCGGCCAGCGUUGCUCCAACAUUGAUAUUCGAGGGCCAAAGCCGGGUAACGGCCCCGGUAGCUCAAAAAAAAAAAACGGUUGUCCAUCUCAAAGACUACCCAAAGCCAUUUACCAUCACAGUCCCAGAAAUAGUCUUUGAAAACUACUUUCAUUGUCGGCGAGAAAAGAACAGCUGCUCCCCCCUUUGAUCCUCUGGCAGGUGCCCAGAACUGUGCCCCUCUCCACCAGGCAAAUUGUGCAUUUGUCGCUUUUCUAUCUAGCUUGUUUUCUGUAAACAAACGACCAAUGCUCCA